AUGGCAUCCGAAUUAUCCUCCCUCGAAGCUCCCCCCGUCAUCCCCAAGUUUAUCCGCGCCGAAAGCGACCUCACCUGGCACUCUUCCCUCUCCUUCCCAACCCCGACCGACUACUUUUCUAGCCAUGUCCCGCCCGACCACCACAGGAAUAAACCCUACCGUCUCGUGCGCCAACAACAAAUCAAAAACAGCCUCCUCGCCGGUGUCGGAUACCUCGAGCUCGCCAACGCGGGUGAUUUCGCUGCCAACGUGUGGAACCAGAUUCCUGUUCCUAAACAUGCGAUGAUACUGAUGGCUAUUGGGGGUCCGAUCGCGCUGAGCAUGACGUUCUUCGCGGUGCGGGAUUUCUACCUAAGUUACCAGAAUGUGCGGUUACUACGGGCGGAGAGGGAGGAUUUGGUUGCUCUGCGGGAGAGACUGUCGACGUCUCCAGAGGAAAAGGAUGGGGAGCUUAUACAGGUCUUGGAUAGUCGGUUGGGCGUGGGGAUAAGGGAGUUGGGUACUGAGAUGGUCGAUCGGAUAGUUAUGGAUGUGUUGAUGGGCUUGGGUGCGUUGAUGGUCGGGGUGGGUACGAUUAUGGCCAUUUUCGGGGCCAAUCCACGGGUAUUCAAGGCGAGUAAUCUGCUUUCGGGAUACGUGGGUAAUUCGAUGGCUGCGGUUUUUGGGCUCUUCAAUGCGAUAUGGUCGGGGGUUCUUGUAUGGCGGUUUCAGCUGCAUGACAGGGUGUGUCAGCGGUGCGAUGACACGAGCAGCUACGUGCUUACGCCUCAACAAAAACAACGGCUGCGGACUCGCUUUCGUCGGUUCCAAUGGCAUGCCAUUACGAACGCGGUAAAUGGCCUGGUCGCUGGUGCAGCAUCUAUGGUUACUGCAACGCGGUGGUGGGGAUACGUCGUGCUGAUACCUUGCAUCAUCUCCCUCAUCCUCUGCAAUUACUACUGGCGAUACAAACUUGGCUACGACAGGCCUAUAAUAUCCUCGUCGUCCUCGACUCUAAAAAUCGACCACGUCAUUACUGGUACCUUGCCUCCUUUGCUGGCCGAUCUAUCCUACGUCUCCGCCGUCCACGACGCCCUCGCCCAGUCGUCACCUACGGCCCUACCCAGGACCGUGGUAAACCUUGACUCUCUCGAGUCCCUAAUAUCCUUCAUCGCGCAAAACCACAUGUUCGAGUCAUUCUGCGAAUGGCUCCUGCAAGAGGAUCAAUCGGUCAUCGCCAUGUUGGUUGGAGACGCACCCUCAGUCGAUCCGCAGGGCCAGAUAACGCUUUCACCAAAGCACUUUGUACAAGGAUACGGCGCCUCGAACGAACCAGAUGCUGAGCUUGCAGAUUUGCUACUGGAACGGGCAAGGGGAUUCUUAAAGGCUGUUGGAAGAAAGGUCUUCGCAUACCGCGAGCGGUAUUUACUAGAGUUGCUUGGAUAUGCGGUUUGGCGGGAACAAACUGGGUUUCGUUCAUAA